GAGAGACGCGAUCAGCGAUAGCGAGCGACGUGGAGUGAUCGCGCGCGCACGCCUUCGUUUGGCUGUGGUCGCCUGUGCCGUGCCGUGUGCGUUUCGUUUCGUUUCGAUGGUUCUUCGUUCCGUUGCGCGCGUAUCGCACGUUUUCGCUCCGGCGCUCCGCGAAACCUGGGCGCCGCCCCGUCGUAUCUGGACUUCUGGACCGCGAUCGCGACUCCCGACCGAGCGUCCCUUGAAAAGAAGGUGUAUUCGCGAGCAGUGAUAUACACGCGAGUCGGCUGACACAUCGCGAUCUCUCGAGCGUGACGAGGGCCGUCGUUGCACGUCGUGUCGUAAGCGCGCGAGGGAGAAGGAAGGAGCGAGUAGAGCGACGGUGGCGCGGGGUGGAAAACUGCCGGACGCGGGUGGAUAAUACCCGAAAGAGACAAGGGACACUGACGUGCGCGGGCGGCGUUAUAUCGGAACGCGCGGGCGCGCGCGUUCACCGCGACAUAGCUUACAUAGCCGACAUAGCCGACAUAGCCGUCGGAGAUUGGACGGUAAAUAACGCGGCGUCCUAUCUCCUAAUCAUUCGUAAUCGCGCGCGACGUUCAUUCAAUAAUGCGUUAAUUACGCGCGACCGCCGGUUAAACGUGCGUGUCGGUACUUGCGUGUGACGUGCGACGAGCUAUAUUCUCGCGUGGUGCUCACGAGAGAGAGAGAGACAGAAGAGCGUACAACGUUGAGCUGGGCUAACGGCGGAUCGAGAUGCUCAAGUUCAUCAGGGGGAAGGGCCAACAGCCCACGGCCGAGCGGCAGAAGCUGCAGAAGGAUCUCUUCGCUUUUCGAAAGACGGUGCAGCAUGGUUUCCCGAACAAGCCAACCGCUCUCGCCUGGGAUCCGAGUCUGCGGCUGAUGAUCAUCGGCACGGCAUCCGGCGCCAUCAAGGUUUUCGGAAGGCCAGGCGUAGAGUUCUAUGGACAACAUUCCGUUGAAAGCGGUGAGAAUGCCGUCACGAAGAUCGUCGCGCUGCCCAAUGAGGGUCGCGUGGUGUCCUUAUGUGACGACAAUUCAUUACAUUUAUGGGAGAUUAACAGAAGUUCCGUGGUGGAAACGAAGACAUUGUCGUUGGAAGGGAAAUUGAAAAAGAUUUCCGCAAUGUGUCUCGAAUCUAGUGGGGAACAUCUCUUGUUAGGAACGGAAGGAGGCAACAUCUAUUUGCUGAACUUGAAAACUUUCGUCACCCCGGAGAAUAUUAUCUAUCAAGAUGUUGUGAUGCAGAACGUUCCGGAAGACUACAAGAAAAAUCCAGGAGCGGUCGAAGCCAUAGCUGAGCAACCAGGGCAUCCGGAUAACAUCCUGAUCGGUUAUAAUCGAGGUUUGAUGGUAUUGUGGAACAAAGCUACUCCAGGAGCUCAGCAGCUGAUGGGUUUGUUUUCGCGUGCGCAGACAUUCGUCUCCACGCAACAGCUGGAAUCGGUCCAUUGGAUAUCCGAGAAUCGCUUUGUCUCGUCACACAACGACGGUUCGUAUGCGUUUUGGAGCCCUGGUAGCGAUGCCGUGCCGGAGCCCACGACACUUUACGGGCCGUUUCCGUGUAAAGCCGUCACCAAAAUCCUCGUGUAUCCUACCGCGGAACACGGCGAGCUCGUAUUAUUCUCCGGUGGUAUGCAACGCGCCAGUUAUGGAGACAGACAUACAAUCACUGUCAUGACCAAGGAGAAACAUUUAGUUUUUGACUUUACGUCUAAAAUUAUCGAUUUUUUCACCGUCUUCCCUAAGGAGGAGGAAGAGAACAAUGAGAACCCUAUCGGUCCGGAAGCACUUAUAGUAUUGGCUGAGGAAGAAUUAGUAGCUAUAGAUUUGACCAAUCCCGAAUGGAAGAUGAUGGCUUUGCCCUAUCUAGUAUCUCUCCAUGCGAGUUCGGUGACUUGUUCCCAACAUGUGCCUAAUGUACCCGAAGAACUUUGGGAAGCGAUCGUAGCAGCCGGUAAAGCGCAGACCGAGCAUCUUUAUUCAGACAAGUCGUGGCCCAUCGACGGUGGCAUGAUCCUCUGCCAAAAGCCAGCGAAUCCUGACAAGCCUAGAAACAAGGAUUUGCUACUUACUGGACAUGAGGAUGGCACUGUUAGGUUCUGGAAUGCGUCCGACGUUGCUCUGACCCCUCUUUACAAGUACAACUCGUCGAUCCUGUUUACUGGCGAGCAUUUGGACGUUCUCGAGCAACCUCCAGAGGACGACGAAGAUGAGUGGCCGCCAUUCAAGAAGGUGGGAAUCUUCGAUCCAUACUCUGAUGAUCCGCGACUUGCUGUGAAAAAGGUUCUCCUCUGUCCGUUAUCCUCGACGUUGGUGGUCGCCGGUACAGCUGGACACAUUAUCACUGCUACCAUCUCCUCGGAACCGACCAAUAGGGAGAUAAAAGCCGUAAUAAUGAAUAUUGUCAACGAUCGCGACGGAUUUGUGUGGAAGGGUCACGAUCAUCUGCCGCCGAGAACAACGAGUAUAUCAUUCGCGGUUGGAUUUCAACCACAAAGUCUUCUACAGUUGUACCCACCAGCCGCCGUUACGGCAUUAGCGUUACACAGCGAAUGGGGAUUACUUGCCGCUGGAACAGCGCACGGACUUGCGGUCUUUGAUUACACCAGAUCGAAAGCUGUCAGUGUCAAAUGCACGCUUAAUCCAAAUGAUCUUUCCGGUGCAGGUGACACUCCUAUUUCCCGACGUAAGUCUUUCAAAAAAUCUCUUAGGGAAUCUUUCAGGAGAUUGAGAAAGGGACGUUCGCAACGUCGAGCAAAUGCUAAUAGUCCUACACGAAAUCCUGCACCGGAGAAAAAGAAAGACAGCGUUGCUUCUUCACCGAGUGGCGACCCAUCACCAACGGAAUUAAAACCGGUGGAGAGACAAGUGGAAGCGAGACCAGUUGACGAUGCUCUAGGCUCUAUGGUUCGGUGCUUGUACUUUGCCAGAAGUUACAUUAUUAGCCUACAAAAUACAACACCCACACUUUGGGCGGGCACCAACAACGGCACGGUUUACGUCUUCACGUUAGCUAUACCAGCCGGUGUGAGGAGAACGGAAGAAGACGUCAACUGUACACUGGGCAAAGAAAUACAAUUAAAGCAUCGUGCACCCGUAAUUGCGAUCACGAUUCUCGAUGGAUCCAGCGUGCCGUUGCCGGAACCCUAUGAAGCUGAAAAGGGCGUGACGGCUGGACCUGAUAUGACUUCCACACACAGAGUCGUAAUUGCUAGCGAAGAACAGUUCAAGAUUUUCAAUCUUCCGUCCUUGAAGCCGUAUUGCAAGUACAAAUUGACCGCUCACGAAGGGUCCAGGGUACGAAAAACAGGAUUCGCCAAAUUCUCGUGUUACGUCGAGCCAGCAGGAACUCACGAGGAAACUUGCUUGCUUUGCCUAACGAAUCUUGGUGAUUGUCUGGUGCUGAGUAUACCGGAACUCAGAAGACAGUUGAAUGCUGCUGCAAUCAAAAGAGAGGACAUUAAUGGUAUUUCUUCCUUAAUAUUUACAAAAGCUGGAGAAGCGCUGUAUCUUCACUCGAGUUCGGAACUUCAACGAAUUUCUCUGUCGACCGCGAAGAUGACAAAGGCGCAUUGCGCGCUUAAAUUACCACCGCACGCCAGAUCGUUUGCGGUAAAUACUAACGAAGUUGCGCAAGAGCAAGGUGUUGUCGAAGGUGCACCUGAAACCGAAGGGGAGACGCAGGAAAGUCAACUACCAACGGCGGCAAACAGAAUUAUUACGGAAAAUGGCGUAGUAAGUGCCACUGGAGAGGAAGAAUCUCCGAAGGAACCGUCGCUGCGACCAGCUACAAGUAGUAUAGAUGUAAACGGAGAAGACGACCGUCAGGAUUUAAGUUCUAUCGGAGAUAUUACGAUCGACAGUGUUAAAGAUCAUUUGCUUAACAGUCCACUUUUCAGAAACGCGACAUCUUCCGAAGAUCUCCAUAAUCGUUUGGCAGGACUUAAGAUGGAGGUGACUUCACGAACUUCCGAGAUAGCCACUCAAAAUCAGUCCCUAGUGGUGAAAACGACCACUGUGGUUACACAAACCACGAAUAGCACGACCGCUAAUGGCGAAGUCGAGACGAGUCAAGCGAACGAAACGCAACACGUAAACAGCACUACAGUAGAGCGAGAGAUACGCAGCGGUAUUGAGACAACAACGACACACGCUACCAUCACUCUGCCCCCGAACGUCGAGAUUAAUGCCGCGGAUUUGGCCAAUUUGGAGGUCACCACGACUACAGUGACUACUACUACAGAAAGGUCCAAGGCGCCGUUGGCUAGGCCAGAAGAAGUCGGUUCGUAGGCCUGUUCCAUAUCGUUUUUCCAUGCUGACCAUGCAUCGAUUUCGUGCUCCAUUUACAAGAGCCAUCAAUAAUUAGUUACUUUUACUGAAUAAACGUGUACACAGCGGCGAUAUAGAUAGGAUUUAUAUAUCGUAGAUUUUUUUAAGAAAUUAGAUUUCUAUGCAACAUUUCAGCGAUAAUCACUUGCGCCGCGCGAGCGACGAGUGAUCAAUUUUUAAUACGAAUUUUACGCAUUUUCAUUGACAUUUACAUCAUUGUAUUCCACUUAAAAGUGUUCCAAAUGAAUAGCUUUUGGAAUUGAUGGGAAUCAAUGAUUUUUAACGAAAAUAGGCCUAGAAAAUAUUUUAUUUAUGAUAUAAGAAA